AUGUCAAAAGAUAUGAUAUUUCAAGAAGAUCUUCAUUUGAUGGAUUCUCUAACCCUGUCUGAGCAAGGUAUCAAGAACCUGUCUUCCACUGCCUGUGUGACUGCAGUUGCAAUCCUCUCCACUCAAUGCAAUUUAUCAACAGACAAUUUUAUGAUGAACAGAGAGUUUCUAUCUAUCUCACUGAAUACUACUGUACUCUCAGGGUCUACUUUUGAGACAGAGAAUUCUUCAAUGCUUACUGAGAAUAUUACUUCAGUGAGAGAGGCCUCAGUGAGAAAUUUCACUGACAAUUUGACUGAUGUCUCUGCAGACUCUGAGAUCACUGACUUGUCAGUUUCAAAGAAUCUCACCCAGGCUUAA